AUGGAUGCAGCAGUCCCGAAUAAACUGUUGGAUCUUGCUGUGCAGAGUCUGCUGAGCAAUGAGUCUGCAGCAAUCCAAGCUCUGGAGGACAUUCCAAGAGAGCUUUUUGUUCCAUUGUUCAUUGCUGCCUUUAGGGGUGGGCAUAGGAGUAUAUUGAGUGCAAUGGUUAAAGUUUGGCCCUUUUACUGUCUCCUUAUUGGGUCACUUAGUAUUCAGGAGGCUCACCAUGAACUCCUGAAAACCAUGAUUGAGAAUCUUCCAGUAUGUCCUGCACAGAACUCCUCUCCUAGAACUAAAUUGAGGAUACUAGAUUUGAGACAAGUCACCUACUCUAGGAUCACAUGCCCUGAAGUCAGCACAAUAUCACCUUUAUGUUUUCAUUCUUGUGCUUAUUCUGACCACUCUAUCACUAAAAUAUUAGGACAUCUUCGUUUAGGAAAUUCAGGGUUUGAGACUCAGACACCCAGACCUGUGGAAUUACUAGUGGACCUUUUCCUCGAUGGCUCCUUAAUGGAAAAGGAAUUUUUGGAUUUGCUUAUGGGUAAAGCUGAGGAGAGUUCAGGGUCUUUGCAUGUGUGCUGUUGAGAUCUGCAAGUUGAUAAAUUGUGUAACUACAAAUGUACUCUGAAAUUUCUUGAUCUCAAGUGUUUUGAUCAGUUUUCUGUUGAUAAGGACUCAUUGAGUGAUAUCAACAGCAUCCUGUCUCGGAUGGCCCACAUACAAAGCCUUAUUCUGUUUAAAGUCUCUUUUAGAUCUCAGAGGAGGAAACUCUUUAAAAAUUUCUUCAGCAACCUGCAGCGAUUGGAAAACCUCAAGGAACUCAACUUGGCUUCAUUCUACCUUAAAAAUCAUCGGGACAAAGUGCUCAGGUAA